ACAGAGAAUGAUGUCUUAUUCUCCAACUGAGCCAAUUCUUCACUCGGAACUGUGAAGAAUUGUGCUGUUGGUUACCAUGGCCAGUAGCAGUAAGAAUUGCACUAUGAUCUUUUGGUGAAGCGAUAUGUUCAUCUGCCCCUUUAAACUGGCACGCUCGCGCUUCGCGUCUGCUAUGCUGUGGGACCUGAGCGCGCGCCUGUAUGGAUUCUCGCUGAGAGGGAUCUACUCUCACCCUCUGCUUUUAACAGCGUAUAUCCUGCAAAAUAACAACAAACUUUUAUCGCUUGUCACGAAAAGUUGUUUUUAAAGAGCAGUUGUGUUUAAACUCAUUUUACUUAGUGCCAGGUCCAUUUCAAAUACUUUGUCUGAAAAUGACGUUGGCAGUCAUCGUUUUUUUUACUCUGUUUACCAGCAUCAUCGCCACCAUGCCUGCAGUUAGAGAGUUUGUAUCUCUGGCAGAAAGAGAAGAUGCGCUGCUCAGGGAUUUGUUUCAGGGGUACCAGCGCUGGGUCAGGCCUGUUCAGCAUGCAAACCACUCUGUGAAGGUCCGCUUUGGCUUGAAGAUAUCUCAGCUAGUGGAUGUGGAUGAGAAAAACCAACUCAUGACCACUAAUGUAUGGCUGUGGCAGGAAUGGCUGGAUUUUAAACUGCGCUGGAACCCUGCGAAUUAUGGCGGUAUCACCUCCAUCAGAGUCCCUUCAGAGAGCAUCUGGCUCCCAGACAUUGUUUUAUAUGAGAAUGCAGAUGGACGUUUUGAAGGCUCCCUUAUGACCAAAGCCAUUGUGCGGUACAAUGGCAUGAUCACUUGGACACCUCCUGCCAGCUACAAGUCCGCCUGCACCAUGGAUGUGACCUUCUUUCCUUUUGAUCGGCAGAACUGCUCUAUGAAAUUUGGCUCUUGGACAUAUGAUGGAAACAUGGUUGAGCUAGUGCUCAUCAACCAGCAGGUGGACCGACGGGACUUCUUUGAUAAUGGAGAGUGGGAGAUUCUUAGCGCCACUGGGGUCAGAGGCAGUCGACGAGAUGGCCACCUCUCCUACCCCUACAUUACAUACUCAUUCAUCCUAAAACGCCUUCCUCUCUUCUAUACACUCUUUCUCAUUAUUCCCUGCCUGGGCUUGUCCUUCCUAACAGUGCUGGUCUUCUACCUUCCCUCUGAUGAAGGAGAAAAAGUUUCUCUCUCCACCUCCGUCCUGGUGUCCCUCACUGUCUUCCUUCUCGUCAUUGAGGAGAUCAUCCCUUCUUCCUCCAAGGUUAUCCCACUGAUUGGAGAGUACUUGCUUUUUAUCAUGAUCUUUGUCACUCUUUCCAUCAUCGUGACAGUUUUUGUGAUCAACGUACACCACCGCUCUUCAGCUACUUACCAUCCUAUGUCUCCAUGGGUGCGUUCUCUGUUUCUCCAGCGGCUGCCUCAUUUGCUCUGCAUGAGGGGAAACACAGACCGCUAUCAUUACCCAGAUAUGGAGCCUCACAGCCCUGACCUCAAGCCCAGGAAAAAGAAAGGGCCACCUGGCCCUGAAGGAGAAGGUCAAGCUCUGAUUAAUCUGCUGGAGCAGGCCACCAACUCAGUUCGCUACAUCUCACGUCACAUUAAGAAGGAACAUUUUAUUAGAGAGGUAGUACAAGACUGGAAGUUUGUGGCUCAGGUGUUGGACAGGAUUUUUCUCUGGGCGUUCCUCACCGUCUCUGUGCUCGGCACCAUCCUCAUCUUUACACCUGCCCUCAUGAUGUUCCUGCGCACACCUCCACCUCCCUCUCCAUGAUAAUUGAGUCAUCACAGUCAAAUCCAUCACAUCACAAAAGGGUAUUUUACUGUACCCCCAACAAUAUUACAGACAAUGCACAUUACUGUAUAAAAGUAAUUUGUUCUUUCACUGCGUUAAAAACUCAGAUUUAUGAUUAACACUAUAAGAUGACCAGCAAUGUUAGUAAAAUGUUAUAUGUGCAGAGUAGCAUCCUUUUUCCUUAGUGAUACAACCUGCUGUUUAUAACUUUUUGUUUGUAGAUAAUCGAGUUAUUCAUUCUUAAAUUUUAAUUUAAGAAAACAUACACAAUGUGUAAAGAAAAAGAAAGAAAGAAAGUUUUUUUUUUGACCUGUGCAGGAAAAAAUAAAAUCUCCACAAAAUCAAAAAA